AUGAGUGCAGAAACAAUGUCUGUUCCUCUUCAGACUGUCGAGCAAAUGAGGGGAGAGAUCAAAGCUAAGUCGGUUUCUCCGGCUGGGGUAAUAGUUCAACCAGGAAGACAACCUUCUGUCGACCCUCGAAACAGCAUUUCUCCCCCUCGAGACUCCACCCCAUCUGCCAUCGGCUAUGCUCAACCCCGUCAACCCAGCCUCAACUCCAUUUCUCCCAAAACACUUCCUAUCAAUCUCCCCCAAGCUCAAGCAACUGAAGAGAUCAUCCUCGGUUCGACUGAGUCAAAACUGACCGCUGAUAUUCCUCAAGAACCAAUGACCAUUCCAAGUCAAAACCAAGACCAAAUACAAAAUCCCUUGGCAAUGACAGAUGAAAUCGAUCCUGCACUUCUUGAUCAAGGUCCUCAUCAACGACGCUCACCCAAGACUGACGCUGAUAAUGUUGUCGUGGGAGAUUCGAUCAAAGAUGAUCCCAUCCCUGGUGUUUCUGAAACCUUUCCGGGCGACCGGGCUGAUAUUUCCCCUUCUAGUAAUCUUCGUGAAACAAACCCCGAUCCUCAUUGGACUUCACAUCUUCUCAACCCCUCGGCCUCCAACUUGUCCAACGGGGAGAAUGGUCAAGUUGAGAAUAAACAAUUCCAUUAUCCUCUCGUACCCGUCAACACCCAAGGUCAAUGGGGUGAAUUUUCCAAUCCUUCCACGGAAACUAAUUCCCCCGCUACACCUAUCGGAGGUCUUCAGAACGAACUGCCAUUCUCGCUCGGGCGUAAGAAUGGAGAAUUUGAUUCUCGUCGAUCUAGCAUUACCGACCUGGGAGUGUCGUCGGAUAUCGGAGUUGGUGCGAUCAAAGGAUCCACAUCGAGCGAAAGUGGUUAUGCCGUUGGAGGACAUGAAGACGCAGAAGGAGAAUUGGAAGAAGGUGAACAAACGGAUGCCACGGGCGAAGGUGGAGUACCAGGACCGAAACAGAAAAAGUCACAUGCUCGUCGACAACCACCGGGACAUAUAAAAAGAGCUCGAAAUGCCUUUAUUCUCUUCAGGAAACAUGUUACCGAUUCGGGACUUAUUCCUCCUUCGGUCGAAGUGAAACAUCAGAAUAUCUCCGUCGUGGCGGCUAAAAUGUGGCGUGAAGCUCCACAGGAAGUUCGACAACAAUUUCAAGAACAAGCACGUAUCGAAAAAGAAGAACACCAACGCAAGUAUCCAGGAUACAGAUACCAACCCGUUUUCCGUAGAACCGAUAUAAUCCGUCGUCGUGUUCGAAAAGAUCCGGCAGAAGACGAAAAGGUCGACGCUGUCGCCGAGGCACUCAUCAAGGGAAAAACUGGUCAAACCCUAGAAGAAGAAAUCAAAGAUCAACUCAAGGCACGUAGCGAUGAGAGUGGUGCCGAAUCCAGUGGUGGUUCCCGUCGUCGUCGUCGAGAUGUUGGUCAGCUGUCCAAAGGAGCUCUCAGAGCUCAGAGAGCGCAGAACCGAGCAAAAUUACAGAGACAGAAUUUGCUCGGAAGUAACCUGCUCAGCGUCAGCAUGUACAACGCUCAGCAUCAACAAGCUCAACAACGCUUGGGUCAUCCAGGAGCUCAACAUCACAUGCAAUACGCGAUGGCGGAACAAUAUCUUCCAGUGGGAUAUGACAUGGAAGGGAGACCUGUCAUGGCUACUGCACCGGGUGCACCAGCGGCGUAUGGAGAGAUGUACGACAUGGCGAUGGGAGAGGGAAUGUACCGUUUACCGCCGAUUCAAGGUGAGAUGAUGUACGGUCAAGGAUGGGAGGGGAACCCUUACCCUGGGGGCUAUGAUGCCGCGCCUGGAAUGGAAUACCCAACUCCGGUCGGCAUGGACGGUGCGGACUAUUAUCAGCAAGGUCUUGGAGAAGGUUAUUCUGGUGACAUGGCGAUGGGUGUACCGAAUCCCGCUGGGAUGCCUGGAGUGUCAGCUCCGACCGGGAUGGAAUAUCGUCUUCCGCCUAUGGUAGAUCAAGCUGAUGGGAACGUACAGAGUCAUUCUCAAGUUCCGCCACCGCCUGGAGAGAGACAAGCAGACGACCGAAUACGUGACUGGGCCAGCGAUCUCCAUCUGCCAGCACAGCAAGAACCUUCCGGUCACGUCAUGUUCAAUGAGAGGUUGUUCGACGGUGCUCUCGGAAGCGCCACUCUGCCGCAUAUGAGUGAAAGGAGGGAGAGCGACGAAGGAUUGGCUGCUUUCGACGAGGCUGUUGCGCAGGCUAAUGAGGUGCCGAGCUGGUGA